CAUUAACUACAGAUAUAAUACAGGUGAUGCUUUCAGCGUCUUCCGUUUACUUUUUAAAACAAGCAUCUGACAGCAACGUAGAAAGUUUACGAGCAUAAAUCUAAAAUGCCACGGCGGCAUUUAUGGAGUAAAUACAGUCUUCUGAUAUUAAUCUAUUUGGCAGCUUUGAUAAGCUGCGUUGAGAUGAGCACAAAUGACGGCCAAGCAUCCGCAGGUGGAGGCCGCGAGCGAUACGCUUUCUUUGCCCUGCGGAGCUGCCAUCAAGUCCUCGGCGACGACAGCGGUGAGUUCUUCUCCCCUGACUAUCUGUGCUCAAACCCCCCCGUGUGGUGCAACUGGACCAUCCAGGUGUCUCCUGGGAAGCGUCUGGAGCUGUAUCUGGAGGACUUGACUCCCUCAGACACCUGUCCGCAGAAGAGCGAUCAGAUCCACCUGGAUGAGUCUCCAGCGGGUGCGGGAGGACAGAGGAUUCUGGAACGGUGCUGGAGAAAGGCCAGAUACAUCUCUGUGUCCAACACGGUUCAGGUGGUGCUGCUCAUCAACGGGAACCGUCCCGUCCCGUACAGGGGCUUCUAUGGACUUUAUAAAGCUUUCGGAUCCCUGGAUUCUCCUGAUCCCAUGUAUGAAGACAUUCCUGUAGAGGUGAUAGAAGCAGCAUUGGGUGGUGAUGAAGAUGAAACGGACGCAGUUACGGAUCCUCCACCAGGUGUGAGAGACGUCACAGCAGAUGUCCAACCAUCAGGAGUGAAAACACAAACUACAUCUGCUGGUCUGACCAACACUGUGAGGUUUGGAUCCUCGGUGACCAAUGAACUUCCUUUAGGGAAGAGGGAAACCUGGGAAAAGAAUCCCGGAGAUUCAUCUCCUCGUGUUGUAGCGUCUGGUUACCACGGUAACGAUGCGGUUGAUGAUGAUGCAUUCUACGAUGAUAAUUUCUUUGCAACAUCACAAAAAGAAACCCAGCACAACCAACCCGAAAGUGGACCAGCUCAAAUACGCCCCAGAUAUCAAACGGCUUACUCACAAAUCUCAGACAUGACCCUCAGCGCACACACUCAUGUGCCACACCUCAAAGCCGCCGCCCGCUCUCCGUCUGCCAUGCGCAGGAAUGUGGACGCACAAGCGCACUCUUCUAGUCAAACUGAGCUGGUCAGAGCCAGAACGGCACCUGAUGCUGGAGGAGUGAGAGAGGGACAGUGGGACGAUGAGGAAGGCGUUUCCAUGGAGACGACAGCGACUGAGAGCAGCAUCACACUACCUGUAAUGCAACCCAAAUUACACCGCAAGUCAAAAGAGAUAACUGGCUACCAGCAAACCUUACAAAAUGUCACCCACAACAGGCAUUUACCUGGGGAGCUCUUGUUCGAGGUGAGUGUCGAGGUCAAUCUGGAGCCUGAACAUCAUGAAGAAUCCUCUUCCCUCAGAUCUGCUCUAGAGACCAUGAUACGAGAAGCAUUUGGACAUCUCACUCCAAAGAGCCUGGACUUCAAAAGACUAAAAAAGUUGAGUUCUGGCGUUUUGUUCAUCGUGUGGCUGCAGUUUGAGAAAGUGGCUGUAGGGCUGCAGACACACGGGGACCUCCAGUCCAGGCUGCAGGGGCUGCAGGGCAGAACAAUCAAAUCCCAAAGCACCAAAACACAGGGCGUCAUUGCAUCUGUCUCCACUGAAGACAUCAAUGAGUGUGAGACGCAAAUAGUGGUGUGUGAUGCUCACGCUGAGUGUGUGAAUCAGUUUGGAUCAUACUCCUGUCACUGUAUCCAUGGUUACCGUGCGGUUCCUCAUGGGCCGGGAGACGGCGUUUGUAUGGCGUCUACUGAACCUGACUGUAGUUGGACACCAUCUCCCACAAUCCUCAGGGGCGUUUAUAUUGUCCUCGGCCUGCUCAUGUUGCUCAUCAUGCUGAUGCUGUUGGUGGCGUUUUUUCUGUAUCAUCGAUACUAUAGAGGCUCGUUCCUUCCUCAUUGCCAGAAAACGAGCGCUAGCAGUGUCGUGGAAACCGCUGCCAAUUACGAUGACACCAAUAAUAACACAGGAAGUGAUGGUAGCGGUGGUGCAAACCCGUCCAUAUUCCCCCCGCCACCUCCACCCAUGAGGAUGCCCAAAGAUGGCCACCGCUCUCUGGACCUGCCGUUAUUACGCUUUAGCUCUCUGGUGCCUCCUGAUGGAUUUAGAAGUAAAAUACAUACCGAGAAACACCAGUUUUGACUCUCACUGUUACUUUUGUCUACUGUCACUGAAUGCACUGCACCUCACUCUUAUUUGUACUAGUGAGUUAUUUAUUUCCAUGCUUCUUUGUAUGCUUCUUUUCUGUUAGUUUAUGAUUUAUGGAGUAUUUUGGAAAAUAAUUGGCUUUUUGUUUCUUUUUUUUGGUCUAUUCUUGUAUUAUUGUUCACAGAAGCUUUUUCACUCUUGAAAAUAGAAUUGAAUAGAACACAAAAGCACUUUGUGUACUUUGUGUUUUUAUCCAACUAAAUAUGUGUUUGUUUGUGAAAGACAAAAUUGGGUGUGUUCAACAGAGAGAGAGAGAACGCAAGAAC